UUCAACAACACCGCUAAACCAUCUCUGUAGCUUGUUAGCCAACAUGAAAUACAAACAUUGAAGCUCUGUAGGCCAUUUUUGUGUAGCCACACGAAUCUCGGUGAUUUAAACACAGUUCUUUUAACGUAUCUACUAGUUCAAUUAAACGUGAUUUGCUUGCUAAAUUUGCACAUGUGUUACCGGGCCUAGCACUAGGCUAGUCGCUAAUGCUAAGUAGCUAGGUAGCUAACAUCCCUGACAAUGAGCUCACAAAGCUACUCUCCUGCUGCUAAUGAAGAGGAGGUCUGCUGGACGGAGAAAGCAGCUAUGGGGAUGAACAUUGUCAUUAAAGAAGAAGAGGAGGAUAUUACAGUGAUAGGAACGGAAGAAGCUUGUCGAAUUAAAACAGAGGCAGAGGAGGAAGGGAUAGAGGCUGUCACGGUGGAAGAGGAGGUAGAAGCUUUCAGAAUAAAAAAGGAGAUGGCUUCCUCUAUCACAUUGAAAGAAGAGCCUUUUGGAGUGAAGGAGGAGUCAAUAACAUUGAAAGAAGAGAAACCUUUUGGGGUGAAAGAAGAGGAGACAGAAGAUCCGGUUAACACUGAUCCACAAACGAGGCAAUAUGCCGUUUCCUGGCCCUCCCAGGGCUCUACAGUGAAUGAGGACAUCAGAAAGACACAGGAAGAAUCUAAUGUGACACCUGUGAGUCCCAGACAGUUUGGUGGUGAUGACGAUGCUAUUCACUGCGACAAAGAAUGGGACGUGAAAGACAAGGAUUGGUUUCCUAGCAACAGGCUGAAGGCGGAGUCGGCUCCAGAGAGCCACACCCCAGAGCAGAGGGGGAGUGGUGACAUGUCUUUCCCUCUCCCAGAGUCCCCAGGUCGUGCCUCUCCCACUGUUGCCUUACUGUGGGGUCUGAAGAGGGUGUCUGUGCAGCUGGUCGACUGCAGGAAAACACCGGGUCUGCGUGGAACUGUGAGAGGAGAAGAAGAGGGAGAUUCAGAUUCAACAGGUGAAAGACCAGACUCAGAGGAACCAGAGCCAGAGACAUCCAAACCAGUAAGACGACACCACUGCUCCCAGUGUGGAAAGAGUUUUACCCGGUUAGGGUCCUUGAAAAGGCAUGAAGGAAUACACGCAGGAGAGGAGACUUACCACUGCUCCCAGUGUGGAAAGAGUUUUACCAGGUUAUUUAGCCUGAAACGACAUGAGAUGAUACACACAGGAGAAAAGCCUUUCCACUGCUCCCAAUGUGGAAAGAGUUUUACCCGGUUAUGGCACCUGCAAAUGGAUGAGAGAAGGCACAGAGGAGAGAAGCCUUUCCGCUGCUCCGAUUGUGGAAAGAGUUUUACCCAAUUAGGGAGCCUGAAAGAACAUGAGAGAAUGCACACAGGAGAAAAGCCCUUCCACUGCUCACUUUGUGGAAAGCGUUUUACCCAUUUAGGAAGCCUGAAAGGACAUGAGAGCAUGCACAGAGGAGAAAAGCCCUUCCACUGCUCACAUUGUGGAAAGCGUUUUACCCGUUUGGGGCACCUGAAAGCACAUGAGAGAAUUCACACAGGAGAAAAGCCCUUCCACUGCUCCCUGUGUGGGAAGAGUUUUACUCAGUUAGGGGGCCUGACAAAACAUAUGAUAUUACACAAAGGAGAGAAGCAUUUCCACUGCUCUCUGUGUGGAAAGAGUUUUAUCCAGUUAUGGGGCCUGAAAACACAUGAGUGGACACACAUAAAAGAGAAGCCUCACCCCUGUUCCCAGUGUGGAAAGAGUUUCACACAGUCAAGAUACCUGAAAAAACAUGAGUUGACACACUCCGCAGAGAAGCCUUGAAAUAAUCCACAUUGCAGAGAAAUAUAUAUUGGAAAGAUAUUUAACUAGUUAAGGAACCUGAAAGACCACUAGGAGAAAUGCCUUACCACUGCUCCCAGUGUGGAAAGAGAUAUUUAACAAUAAUACAUCAGUUCAUUAAUGAAUUAACACAUACAGUGCUCCAACACUUGUCUCAUUUUUGACUGACUGUUUAUGCCACACGAAAUCAAAUUGUACAAAGUGAACUCAAUGUUUUUUUAACAUGAAUUGGACAUAGAGUGAGUAUAUCUGUUUCAAUAUAGAGUAGGUCAGUUGUAAUGCUUUUUAAAUAAAUUAUAACU